UGGACCUCAGGACAGCGAGGAGAUGGGACACCCAUCAGUGAGCUCACCUGGUCUUCUUCAUUGGCGGUGGUAGCAGUGUCCUUCUCUGGGCUCUUCACCUUCAUCUUCCUCAUGCUGGCCUGCCUCUGCUGCAAGAAGGGAGACAUUGGGUUUAAGGAACCGAUUUCUGCAGUCAAAAAUUUCAGCCGAAAGGAGUUUGAAAAUAACGAGGGCGAGGAUUACACAGGAGAAAUCUCACCCCACACCACCUCCUCGUCACAGAAUGGGCCUGAGGUUUACAUUCUGCCUCUCACGGAGGUUUCGCUACCUGUGUCUAGCCAGCCAUCCACGAGAGCAGGGCAGUUCCUUCACCAGACAGACCUAGGCCGUCAGAGUCUCCUGUACCUGAAGGAAGUGGGCAUCGGCUGGUUUGGAAAGGUGUUUCUUGGUGAAGUGAACAUCAGCCUGAAUUCUUGCCACGUGGUGGUGAAGGAGUUAAAAGUCGGGGCCAGCAUUCAGGAUCAGAUGCGAUUCCUGGAGGAAGCCCAGCCCUACAGGGGCCUCCAACAUCCCAAUCUGGUCCAGUGCCUGGCUCAAUUCACGGAGAUGACACCGUACCUGUUGGUCAUGGAAUUCUGUCAGCUGGGUGACGUAAAAGGUUACCUGAGGACUCACAGCGCUGCGGAUGAAUUGGCCCCUGACCCCUCGACCCUGCAGAGAAUGGCGUGUGAGGUUACUUCAGGACUCCAGCACCUCCACAAGCAUAAUUACAUCCACAGUGACCUGGCUCUGCGCAACUGCUUGCUGUCUGCGGACCUGACUGUUAAAAUCGGAGACUAUGGACUGUCUCACAACAAGUACAAGAAAGAUUACUUGGUAACCCCUGACCAGCUCUGGAUUCCACUGCGCUGGAUUGCACCCGAGCUCAUCGAUGACGUGCAUGGGAACCUGCUGGUGGUGGAUCAAACCAAGAUUAGUAAUAUCUGGUCCCUGGGUGUAACUUUAUGGGAGCUGUUCGAGUUUGGAAACCAGCCCUAUCACCAGUGCUCCGAUAAAGAGGUGCUCACCUACGCCAUCAAAGAGCAGCAGCUGAAGCUGCCAAAACCACUGCUGAACCUGCCGCUGUCUGACCGAUGGUACGAGGUGAUGCAGUUUUGUUGGCUGCAGCCAGAGCAAAGACCCACAGCGGACGAAGUCCACCUGCUCCUCAGUUACCUCUGCGCCAAGGCGUCCAGCGACGCGGAGGAGGAGUUCGAAAAGCGCUGGAACGCCAUGAAACCCAGUGGCUCCAGCUCCACCCACACGGCCGAAGUCUCCUCCUUCCCCCUCCUGGAGCAGUUUGGGACGGACGGGUUCCACACCGAAGUGGACGAUGUGCUGACCGUAACCGAGACCAGCCAAGGCCUUAACUUUGAGUAUAAGUGGGACCACAAGCAAAUGGAUAACUUCCAGCCGUCUCCAGUGGGACUGGCCCACGGCAGCUCCCAAUAUCAGGAGAUCUACUUCCCCAACAGCGCCUCGGGACGACUCAGCCUGAGUGUGUCGCCUAUCUCCUCCAACUCCUUCUAUGAAUCCAAGCAGCAGUGUAGCCUUCCACAAAGCCUCCAGCCUCCUGGUGUGGUGCCAGUGAUCAGCGCACACAGUCCGUCAGUGACUGGCGAAUAUUACAUCCGUAUUGAGGAGCCAACUGAGUGCAAUAUGGAACUGGACUACACCAUGUGCAGUUACAGCCCUGAGUAUGAGCCCGGCGUACAGGUGGAGUCGUCGUCAUGGCGAGGACUACACGGCAGGGACUCUGUGGAUGAUUGUGAGAACAGCCCCACCAUAUCUUUGACCAUGGAACCUCUUUUGGGUCAGGGACCUCCAGCUGCCCAAGACCCUUGGGAAACUGACCAAUAUUUUAGCAGGAAUAAGAGCCAGGAAUACUACGAGCAUUUUGCAGUCGAUGACGCCAAUCAGUAUUUGUUGGCAGAUUGCCCUGAAAAUGAGGACGGUUGGAAAGUGGAAAAUUCCGGGGAGAACAGCAGCGAGGAUCCCCUGGGGAUGUCCCCGUUAGUAACCUCUUCCUUCAGGGACUCCAGUUCAUUGUUUGUCACCUCCUACGACGAAGUGGAUGAAACUGGAAUGGAUAAAACGUACCAGCCAGCUGGGGUGGAGAGGGGGAAGUAUCCGGAGGGGACAACCACGUACUCAGAGGCUGGUUUGGACAGUGCAAAGACCCUUGCAGUCUGUGACCCUUGGCACACAGAUGUACCGUACAGAAGGGUUAACACAGCCAUGGCAGAGGAAGGAAUCCUCCUGACCUCUGACGUAACAUCACAGGAAUUCUGCAGUGGAUUUAGCGUGGAUUUAGCAGAACAAUCAUUGGAACAGGAGAACAAAGGCUCUGGGUUAUUUGGUGGAAAGAUCCAAGCAGAAUUUUCAGAAAUCGAUCUGUCCAAACUGGGAACUUUAGCUCUGCCCUCAUCCUCUCACCCGUCUGAUCCACUGACCUGCAAGGUGCACAGUGCUGUUGGAACAGAGAAUGGGGAGUCCAACCCGAAGGCGAUGUGCAGAGAAGCCAGUCAGGACCCCACAAGUUUCCGUCAGUCACUCUCCGACCCUGAGCUACAGGGUGCAGGUUUGUGCCCGGAGGAAACUGGGAGUCUCUGUCCCGACAGAGUGCACGGCUCAGGAAGCGAAGAGUUUGUGGAUCCUUUGCUGGGGGUGCUCGUGAAGAACUGCGGCCAUAGCAGGAUGCAGAGCGACAUGGGUGGGGUGGGGUUGCCCGGACAGGAGGUGGACAUGGGCGGUUACAACCACCAACCAGAAACCGCUGUGCAUCGGACCACUCAGCUGUCGGUUGAUGGAGAAAGGAGUCACAGUCCAAACCAACCGGAGGUUGAACUAGGAGGACCAGAUGGUUCAGAAGUGCAAAUGCCUGAUGAUGUGCACCAGGUGGAGAUUGCAGUGACAGACCUGACCACUUGCUCCCCCUCUGAAGGUGACCACUUCCUCCCCAAAGAUCCUGACAGCUCUCCCGUAAAAACCCUAUCCAGCGCGAGCUUUGCGGAAACAGACGAGUGCAGCGAUGAUGAUGAUGACGCAGAUGUUACGUCAGGAAUAUUUACAGACUUGGCACAGGACUGUGAAAGCAACGAUCCGGUGGUGGCUCACAAGUCUCUGCAGAAGCUGGUGGGGACGCCGGACUCACUGGAGUCUCUCGACAUCCCGUCUACGACCAGCUCCUGCGAUACAUUCAGUCCAACUUCACACUAUGCCUCACUGCAGCCGAAGGCUGCCGACAGCGGCUACGACACCGAGAACUUCGAGUCCCCGGAAUUUGUGCUGAAAGAGCCCGUUGAACAGAAGGAGCCCGAGGCCUUCAACAAAAUAACCAAGUCCAACCACGUCUCCGGGGUGGACGUGGGCAGCGAGGGCGUGGAAGACUUCGAAACUUCGUCCCUGGAGGAAAAAAAUUCCUACAGGGAUUCAGCUUAUUUCUCAGAUUACGACACUGAGUCGGAAAGAUAUCAGGCAUUGGAUUUGGAGAAGGAUGACCUCUUGCAAGGUGGGAUUGACCUCAUUGGACUAAACGGGGAACAUCCAGCAAGCAUUCCUGUGCCACAGGCUGACGGGAUGCAUCUGAGUUACUCUGAGCCCAAUAGUGCUGGCCUCAAGCGAGAGGAGGGUCAGAGAGGUGCAGGCGGGAAGUUGGAGCACUGCAGUUUGACCCAGAGUUUUCAUGAUGGCCUUGUGGUGGAAUCUAUGGGUACCAAGGAGGUCUCUGUUCGAGCUGAGAAAUCCUCAGGUCCAAUAAUUGAUGAACCGAACUGUUGUACGAGUACAGGCCCAAACAGGAAAAUGUUAUGUUCAUCUGUCCCAGCAAUAAACGAAAAGUUUCACCAUCAGGACUCGGAAAUUGGGAAUGAAACCGAAGCGGUUAAGGCGGACUAUUUUAUUUGUAGGCAGAUGUUUGAAGAGGGAGCCUGCUUCAGUUCAGAGGACAAAGACGUGUUACUACAAAACAGCUGUAGUUCAGAAAGUCUGGUCUUAAACAAGCAAGUGUCUUUACCUAAGAAGGGACGCCUUCACAAACCAUCCGGCUGCAUCUUUGACGGCACGGAAUUAAUACUGGAAGAGCAGCUCUCUGAGCAAGGGAACGAGACAGUCGGGCUUCAGUGCACUGAGGUAGGGAUGAGGAAGUUCCAGCCGCAUUCCUUGAACGUGGAAGAAAAGUUGGAGAGUUGCAUUGUCCCCAAGAUCCAGUCAGUACAGUUGUCGCUGGAGCUGCCAUCUCUGGGUCUCAACAAGGAGCCUCGGCCAGCCUUCAUUGGGGAAGAAGGGGAUGAGGAAGAUGAAGACGAGGAUGAAAGUGAUGACUCUGAUGAGGAACUUGGCAUCUAUAACAUUCAGGAGCACAGUGAGGAGAGUGAGGAGGACACGCCCACCGUUCCCAUCGUUGUAACGGAGAAGGACGAUGGCAGGAACCUGCGUAGUCUUCUGAAAUUACCCAACCUGAUGUGUGAGACUUUCUGUGAGGACCUGGAGAGGAAGAAAAAGGCCGUCUCGUUCUACGACGAUGUCACUGUCUAUCUUUUUGACCAGGAAAGUCCAACAGGUGAAUUAAGUGAGCAGAACAUUCCAGAUGUUGACCAAGCUCGUCAGCACCCAUCUGACCAUUUACAAGAUAAGAGCUGCAGUGUUUCAGUGGCAACAGAGAGACAGAAUAGCUCCAACGAGUCUUCACACAGAAGCUUCGCUGAAGAAAGUGGAGGCUUCGAAUGGGACGAUGACUUCCCAUUGGUGUCAGUGAAGUCAUCUUUAGUGAGUGAAGGACCUUUGUCACCCUCUGCAGCUGCCUCCGGCCCUGCUCCCACGGGGCCCGAGCAAACCCAGGUGCAGCAGACACGCUUCUCACGUUUCACGGUCUCUCCUGCCACCCUCUCAAGGUUCUCAAUUACACAAGUAUCGGAUUCAGACAUCGGAUCAGUGGGAGGCAGCACCGAGCCGGGUGAAAGGGAAUGACUCGCGGGGGUCACGGAUGGAAUUCUGUUUUAUUUUUGGAAAUGAAUAACAAAUGGACAAGAUCUGACAGCAGAGGACUUGCAAAUGAAUGUUUCGCUCGAUGACUUUACUUGCUUGGAUUUGAUGGACAACCUGGUCACCGGUUUCAGCUGCUAGCGUGUACUGACACACCGUUUCAACACUGGUGGUGAUUCAAGCUGCCCCUUGGCCCACCACUCUCCUCCUUGUGCUUCGGAUGCCCCUUCCCAUUAAAAGUCGGGAUUUCCUCGAUUUCCACUGCCGUUGCUGCUGGUAAACCUGACUCCCCGGUCUUACUGCCACUCCCGAGGCAGGUGGCUUGGAUUACGUCGGAAAGGGAGGCAUCUCUGAUCUGGAGGAGACCACACAUGUCGCCAGCACCUUGUCUACCCCUGGGAGGAACCUAAUAUUUAAAGUGCAGAGCAACUGUGAAGGUUUCCAGAAAAAACACACUGUAGACAGUUUGGCUGCCAUUUAUAUUGAACCACAUUUUGCAAAUAACACCAUCUGCUUAUACUCCUCAACUGCUCAGACCCCUGCAGGAUGUGCUUGGAUGAAGCUAUUUAUUAAUCCCUUUCUGCUCACAUCUUACAUCAACCAUGCCUCACAGUAUUCAGUCCACAGUAUUUAGUGUUCUGCCUUUAUGCGUUUGAUAUUGAAUAGUGUAGAAAGCCAGUCAAACUGCAAUCUCUAUACUAUUUUUGUAAAACCAGUCAGACUACUGAUGAAUAUAUUGUAAAUGUUGCCAAAGAGAUGUAAAAAUUGUGCAGCUCCGAGCGAUGUUAGUUGCUAUCUGUAUGGCUUUAAGCUAUUGUGUCACACUAUAAAUUUUAGAAAAAAUGCAAGUGAGCACUUUCUGCCCUCAUUCUGUUCUACAGAUGCAACAUCUAUUAUAUAAAAAAAAUUAACCAGUUGCAUGAUGUCAGUAAGCGGGGCUAUCUUUUUAAGUGUUACAGCUGUUAGUAUUCUGUUAACUGAUCAAUACGGGUCAUUACUGCCAGUCAAUGUUUUAUUUUCAUCUAGCUACCAGCAUGUGGCUUAAAUCACCAGACUAAUAAACUUUUUACAAUAUCUUA